AGGAGGCCGUGCAGUCCGAGAUGGGCUCGUCUCGGGCACCCUGGAUGGGGCGUGUGGGCGGGCACAGGAUGAUGGCACUGCUGCUGGCUGGUCUCCUCCUGCCAGGGACCUUGGCUAAGAGCAUUGGCACCUUCUCAGACCCCUGUAAGGACCCCACGCGUAUCACCUCCCCUAACGACCCCUGCCUCACUGGGAAGGGUGACUCCAGCGGCUUCAGUAGCUACAGUGGCUCCAGCCGUUCUGGCAGCUCCAUUUCCAGUGCCAGAGGCUCUGGUGGUGGCUCCAGCGGAUCCAGCAUUGCCCAGGGUGGUUCUGCAGGAUCUUUUCAGCCAGGAACGGGGUAUUCCCGGGUCAGCUACUCCUCCGGAUCUGGCUCUAGUCUACAAGGUGCAUCCGGUUCCUCCCAGGUGGGCAGCGGCGGCUCUCACUCAGGAAGCAGCGGCUCUCACUCGGGAAGCAGCGGCUCUCACUCGGGAAGCAGCGGCUCUCAUUCGAGCAGCAGCAGCAGCUUUCAGUUCAGCAGCAGCAGCUUCCAAGUAGGGAAUGGCUCUGCUCUGCCAACCAAUGACAACUCUUACCGCGGAAUACUAAACCCUUCCCAGCCUGGACAAAGCUCUUCCUUUUCCCAGACCUCUGGGGUGUCCAGCAGUGGCCAAAGCGUCAGCUCCAACCAGCGUCCCUGUAGUUCGGACAUCCCCGACUCUCCCUGCAGUGGAGGGCCCAUCGUCUCGCACUCCGGCCCCUACAUCCCCAGCUCCCACUCUGUGUCAGGGGGUCAGAGGCCUGUGGUGGUGGUGGUGGAGCAGCACGGUUCUGGUGCCCCUGGAGUGGUUCAAGGUCCCCCCUGCAGCAAUGGUGGCCUUCCAGGCAAGCCCUGUCCUCCAAUCACCUCUGUAGACAAAUCCUAUGGUGGCUACGAGGUGGUGGGUGGCUCCUCUGACAGUUAUCUGGUUCCAGGCAUGACCUACAGUAAGGGUAAAAUCUACCCUGUGGGCUACUUCACCAAAGAUAACCCUGUGAAAGGCUCUCCAGGGGUCCCUUCCUUUGCAGCUGGGCCCCCCAUCUCUGAGGGCAAAUACUUCUCCAGCAACCCCAUCAUCCCCAGCCAGUCGGGAGCUUCCCCGGCCAUUGCGUUCCAGCCAGUGGGGGCUGGUGGGGUCCAGCUCUGUGGAGGCGGCUCCACAGGCUCCAAGGCACCCUGCUCUCCCUCCAGUUCUCGAGUCCCCAGCAGUUCUAGCAUUUCCAGCAGCUCCGGUUCACCCUACCAUCCCUGCGGCAGUGCUUCCCAGAGCCCCUGCUCCCCACCAGGCACCGGCUCCUUCAGCAGCAGCUCCAGUUCCCAAUCCAGUGGCAAAAUCAUCCUUCAGCCUUGUGGCAGCAAGUCCAGCUCUUCUGGUCACCCUUGCAUGUCUGUCUCUUCCUUGACACUGACUGGGGGCCCUGAUGGCUCUCCCCAUCCUGAUCCCUCCGCUGGUGCUAAGCCCUGUGGCUCCAGCAGUGCUGGAAAGAUCCCCUGCCGCUCCAUCCGGGAUAUCCUAGCCCAAGUGAAGCCUCUGGGGCCCCAGCUAGCUGACCCUGAAGUUUUCCAACCCCAAGGAGAGUCACUCGACAGUCCAUAAGUCAACUUUUGUGUGUGUGCAUGCCUUGGGCACAAACAAGCACAUACACUAUAUCCCAUAUGGGAGAAGUCCAGGGCCCAGGCAUAGGGUUAGCUCAGUUUCCCUCCUUCCCAAAAGAGUGGUUCUGCUUUCUCCACUACCCCAAGGUUGCAGACUCUCUCUUAUCACCCCUUCCUCCUUCCUCUUCCCAAAAUGGUAGAUUCAAAACUCCUCUCUUGAUUCUCUCCUACUGUUUAAAUUCCCAUUCCACCGCAGUGCCCCUCAGCCAGAUCACCACCCCUUACAAUUCCCUCCACUGUGUCUUUGAAAUGGUCCAUUGAGUAACACCCCCAUCAGCUUCUCAACUGGGAAACCCCUGAAAUGCUCUCAGAGCACCUCAAACGCCUGGAGAAGUUAUACCUUCCUCUUCCCCUUUACCAAAUAAAGCAAAGUCAAACCAUCAUCUGGAAA